GAACUCUCAACAGGAAGUGUUUAUAUGCUGGGAAGUUAAGAGGAGGGGACGGUUGGACCCAAGAAAAUAAAAGAUUAAGUCCGGGGUAAGAAGACGCAUUCAUACAAGCUCCGAAUUGUUCAUGAUGGAGAACAGUGCAAGGCCUUCAACAACUCAAAUCAUCCUUCUUGCCACAAGUUCAGCUUUCACAGCAUUUUUUUACUCUGUCUACAGAAAGAAAUCAGGCUCAGCAUGCAGAUUAAAGGAAGCAACACAAAUUUCAAUAGAUCAAGAUCUGAAAAAUAUCCUCUCUGCAGCACCAGGGAAAUGUGUCCCAUAUGCAGUUAUCCAAGGUGUGGUUAAAUCGGUUAAGGAAACCUUGAGUAGCCAGUUUGUGGACAACUGCAAAGGAGUCAUUGAAAGACUGACUUUACAGGAGCACAAAAUGGUCUGGAAUCGCACAACCCAUCUGUGGAAUGACUGCGAAAAGAAGAUUCAUCAGCGCACGAACAUGGUGCCCUUUGACCUGGUGUCCCAUGACGACAGUGUGGACAUGGCUGUGAGGGUUCUCAAACCACUGGACGCAGCUGAACUAGACCUUGAAAAGGUGUACGAGACGUUCCACCCCACAGUCCAGUCCUUCACUGACGUAAUAGGGCAUUUCAUCAGCGGGGAGCGGCCCAAAGGCAUCCAAGAAACUGAAGAGAUGCUAAAAGUUGGAGCAACUGUAACAGGAGUAGGGGAACUGGUACUGGAUAGAAACAUUAUAAAACUACAACCCCCAAAGCAGGGAAUGCAGUAUUACAUCAGCCAAUGUGAUUAUGAAUCACUCCUGCAGAAGCAACAGUCCAGCGUGAAAAUCUGGAAGAUCUUGACUGUUGUUUUUGGCAUCGCCACCUGCGCCACUCUGUUUUUUAUAUUGAGAAAACAAUAUCGACAUUACAAGGAGCAAAAGAGACAGAAAAGCAUACAGGAGGAGUUUAGGGAGAUGCAAAGUCAGCGUUUCAGAGAGAUGAAUUUAGAGGAAGACUUGAUUUCCAGGAAUGCAUGCAUUAUCUGUCUGAGUUGCGACAGGUCUUGCGUGUUCUUAGAAUGUGGACAUGUUUGCUCCUGUGAUGAAUGCUACCAGGCUUUGCCCACUCCUAAAAAAUGUCCCAUUUGUAGAAGUGCUAUUUCUAGAGUGGUUCCUUUGUACAGUAGUUAAUUUUUACUGUAGGUGAGUUAUAUGCAUUUCUAAAAAUUAGUACUUUUUUCAGUUGAAUUGUUACCGCUUCAAAAUCUUCCUUUGCAAUUGAAAAAUUAUAAGAACACCUGUAUCAUUUAUUUCUGUUCUUGCAUUAAUGCAAAGCAAAGUUCUCAAAUGGAAUUGGUUAUUAUUGAUCCUCUGGUCUUUGUUUAUUGUUGAAGCAGGUUCAUUAAAUCCUGUUAAAUCAAGGAUUGAAAUUAUUCAUAUGAUGAUGGUGGUGGCUGGUCAAAAUAAUAAAGCCUGUAUAAAACGAUUGCACUUAAAGCAAAUGAUUAAUACAUUACUGUGUUGUCUUUUUAAAAUGAAAAAGUAAUUUUGAUAUAUUUGUAAAACUUUAUAUGAAAUAAUAAAUGAUUAACUGAGCUGCUUCUUUGGGUGUUUGUG